GGCCCAGGCCGCUGAGGUGGCGGGGCGCUGCGCGAGGUGGCGGCGGCGACGGGGAGGCCCGGUCCCCGCGGCUCCCAGCGGCGGCGCCGCCAUGGACGAAGCUGUGGGAGAUCUGAAGCAGGCGUUGCCCUGCGUGGCCGAGGCGCCCACGGUCCACGUGGAGGUGCACCAGCGGAGCGGCAGCACUGCAAAAAAAGAGGAUAUAAAGCUGAGUGUUAGAAAGCUACUCAACAGGCAUAACAUUGUGUUUGGUGAUUACACCUGGUCUGAGUUUGACGAGCCUUUUCUGACCAGAAAUGUGCAGUCUGUGUCUAUUGUUGACACAGAGUUAAAGGCUAAAGAUCCACAGCCUAUUGAUUUGAGCGUGUGCAAUAUUGCACUUCACAUCUUCCAGCUGAAUGAGGAUGGCCCCAGCAGUGAAAACCUGGAGGAAGAGACAGAAAACAUAGUUGCGGCAAAUCACUGGGUUCUGCCUGCAGCUGAAUUCCAUGGGCUUUGGGACAGCCUGGUGUAUGACGUGGAAGUCAAAUCUCAUCUCCUCGACUAUGUGAUGACAACUUUACUGUUUUCGGAUAAGAAUGUCGACAGCAACCUCAUCACCUGGAACCGGGUGGUGCUGCUUCACGGUCCUCCAGGAACUGGAAAAACGUCCCUGUGUAAAGCUUUAGCCCAGAAAUUGACCAUCAGACUCUCAAGCAGGUACCGAUAUGGCCAGUUAAUUGAAAUUAACAGCCACAGCCUCUUUUCUAAGUGGUUUUCAGAGAGUGGCAAGCUGGUGACUAGGAUGUUCCAGAAGAUUCAGGACUUGAUUGAUGACAAGGAUGCUCUGGUGUUCGUGCUGAUCGAUGAGGUGGAAAGCCUGACCGCUGCCCGUAACGCAUGCAGGGCAGGCGCCGAGCCUUCGGAUGCCAUCCGUGUAGUCAAUGCCGUCUUGACCCAAAUCGAUCAGAUUAAAAGGCACUCCAACGUGGUGAUCCUGACCACGUCCAACAUCACAGAGAGGAUCGACGUGGCCUUCGUGGACAGGGCUGACAUCAGGCAGUACAUCGGGCCGCCCUCUGCAGCAGCCAUCUUUAAGAUCUACCUCUCUUGCCUGGAAGAGCUAAUGAGGUGUCAGAUCAUAUACCCUCGCCAGCAGCUGCUGACCCUCCGCGAGCUGGAGAUGAUUGGCUUCAUUGAAAACAACGUGUCCAAGUUGAGCCUCCUUCUGAGUGAAAUUUCAAGUAUGAUAAUCUCCAGGUCCAUCCGUGUUGUUGCAAAUGGCAUCAUUUCAUUCUUUUUCACUGUGGAGCAAUAUCCCACUGUGAAGAGCGAGGGCCUGAGUGGCCGUGUCCUGAGAAAGCUCCCUUUUCUGGCUCACGCGCUGUACAUCCAGGACGAUCAUCUGAGCUCAGCGUCUCUUUAUAAAGAACUGUCUAGAUGUCCCGGUUCUAUCCUGAAUUGGACCCAAAAUGCUGACAUUUUAUUUAAAAAGAUGAUUAAUGUAAGUUUUAUAGAAACAAAACAAACUACAUUGCCUUAAAGAAGAAUGUAAUCAUAGCAUUAAAAAAAAAGUACACGUUGCUCAAGACGAGGCAGCAUUUGCUUCCUGCUGCAAGCUCAUCCUGGUUAGUGCACACGUUCUGGAGACUGCGAUGAAUAAGAACCUGUUCCUGUGUUACAGAAAUCAAGAGAAAAAUUUUAGGCCCAGUGCUCUUCCUGGUAACAGGUACACUCUGCUUGUCGGGGAGGGACAGCUGGCGUGGGGCCUGCCUCACUGGUGACCAGCGUGGCCGGCCUCACGGCGAUGUUUCCCGGUGAUUCAUUUGUCGCAGGACGCCAGUCACGGCUUAAACGAAGAUUCCCAAUAACAGAUGUAAGAUGAAUUGGCCGAUAAUGGGUGUAUUCCACAGAACCUUGUUUUGCUUUUAUCUCAUGCUAAAAUAAAUUUCAUAUCAUUGUUUUAUAAAACAUUUUUAAAAGAAUAUGUUACCUUUUGUCUUAAAACUUUUUAAGUAUUAAAAAUCUUUUUCCAAAAAAAAAAA